GCCGCUAGUUCUCUAUUCUAUUCUGAUCCUCAUCAGAGUGCACACCGUGGGAAGUUGCUAUAGGUUAAGUCUAUUCACUUGUUCACUUUCACUCUGGAGGAUCAACUAUUUAUUUACAUACAUGUGUUUUUGACAAUUGUCUAAUCGAACUGAGUCGCCCAUGAAAAAAUCGCGUCGAUCGAGUACAGAUACGUCAAAUUAUGAAAACACCUGAGAAAAAUUAUCGUGUCCACUUAUUUAUUUAUGUGAAAAUUAGUAAACAAUUGUGUCAUCAUGCUAAAUAGUAUUUGAUCUUCAAAUCGAGGUAGGUGUUUGAAUCUGUCGAGUCCGUGGACACAUGUGAGUCUUGUUGUGGUUCCCUAAUCUUUCUGGCGAGAUGGACGAAGAAGAUCUCACGGUCAGAGUGGCUGUCAGGAUUCGCCCGCAGAUUCCCCGGGAAAUCAUCGACAUGUGCCAUCUUUGCACAACAGUAACACCAGGAGAGCCGCAAGUUACUUUGGGAAACGAUAAGUCUUUCACUUAUGAUUAUGUCUUCGAUACAGAUGCUGGUCAAGAUGAAGUGUAUGAAAAAUGUGUGGCUUCCCUUGUUGAAUCAUCCCUCGAAGGGUACAACGCAACAGUAUUAGCAUAUGGGCAAACGGGUUCCGGUAAAACGUAUACAAUGGGUUCGGGAUUUGACGUGGAUGUGGGAAAAAGUCAAAUUGGAAUAAUACCAAGAGCUAUACACCACCUAUUCGACAGCAUACAAACUAGGAUCCAGCAAGCAAGGGAGAAUGGCGUUGUUGCGCCUGAAUUCAAAGUCUCGGCCCAAUUCAUGGAAUUAUAUAACGAAGAAGUCAUUGAUCUGUUCAACCCCGGCUACAACAAAGAAAAAGUUUAUAAGAUUCACGAAGAUCCUUGUGGGGGCAUCGUUGUCAAAGGAGUAACUUUCAAAAACGUGGUUUCUGCGGAUGAAGCACUACAGUUUCUCAGACUUGGCGCCUUAUCCAGAACUACAGCAAGCACACAAAUGAACACACAGUCUUCGAGAUCCCAUGCCAUUUUCACACUCCACAUAAAACAACAGAGACUGGUACCAUCGUCCGAUAGUAACAUAAAUGAAUUCGAAACUUUCACGGCGAAAUUUCAUUUUGUUGAUCUAGCUGGAUCUGAGAGAUUGAAGAGGACUGGUGCUACAGGGGAAAGGGCUAAAGAAGGGAUAAAUAUUAACUGUGGACUUUUAGCUUUAGGAAAUGUUAUUUCUGCCUUAGGUGAUAAAAGUAAAAAAGCCUCACACGUUCCUUAUAGAGAUUCCAAAUUAACGAGGUUAUUACAAGAUAGUUUAGGUGGUAAUAGUCGUACUGUGAUGAUUGCUUGUGUUAGUCCAAGUGAUAGAGACUUCAUGGAAACUCUGAAUACAUUGAAGUACGCCAAUAGGGCACGUAACAUCAAGAAUAAAAUUGUUAUUAACCAAGAUAAAAGUUCUAAAACUAUAUCAUUGCUUAAGCAACAAAUAGCACAACUACAACUGGAGAUAGUUGAAUAUAAACAAGGCAAACGAAUUGUAGGGCAAGACGGUACUGAAAUGGUAAACGAUAUGUUUUAUGAAAACAACAUGCUUCAAUUAGAAGUCAAUAACCUAAAGACGAGAGUAAAGGCUAUGCAAGAUACCAUUGAUUCGUUAACGUUGAAAAAUACAAAUUUAUUAGCUGAAAAGGCUACUGGAGCUUGGAUAGGAAGCGGAAAUGACAAUGACGUCGCUUGUAUGGUUCAGUCUUACUUGAAAGAAAUAGAAGAAUUGAGGACCAAACUGAUGGAGUCCAACAAUAUCUGCGAACAACUGAGGAAACAACUAGCAAGAGCACAUAGCUCCCAACAGCAAACAUCUGCAAUGGAAACGUCUAUCGAAGGAAAUUCUAUACUUAUAGAAGAAGCAAAAAAAGAAUUACAAAGGGAAAAAGAUAUGUUAAAAAGAACCCGGCGUAUCUCAGACAGAGAAAAUUUGGAAAGUGAGGAAGAAAACGAGGAGAAUGAAUUCGAUACUGACAGUGAGGGAAAAGAUUUAGACGCAGAAACAAUGAAAGACGAGUUGUUAAAUUUAACUCAAGAUAUUGACAUGAAACAAAAACUUAUUGACGAGUUGGAGUUGUCACAGAGAAGAAUGCAAAUAAUGAGACAACACUACGAAGAUAAGCUACAACAACUGCAACUACGUAUUAGAAAUACUCAAGAAGAAAGGGACAAAAUUUUACAUUCACUUGGUCCGCAAACAGAGUCCAAUGACAGAAUUAAGAAAAUUAAAGAUGAAUAUACCAAAAAGUUGACUGACAUGCAGAAAGAUUUGAAGAAAUUGCAAGCAGCUCAGAAAGAACAUGUACGACUAGUUAGAAGUCAGAGUCAUCAUGAAAACCAAUUGAAAUCUUACAAAAACGAACUUCUGGAACUCAAACGUGCCAAAGUUAGGUUGAUUAAUAAAAUGAAGGAAGAAUCACACAAACAUAAAGAAGCCGAAAUGAAAAGAUUGAGGGAAAUAGCACAACUGAAAAAAGAAUCACGAAAAAAUGCCAGUAUGAUAAAAUCGAUGGAAGCUGAAAGAAAAAUAAAGGAUCAAGUCUUGAAGAGAAAACAGGAGGAAGUUUCUGUUUUGAGGAAGAGUCAAAGGGGCAUGUUGAGUUUGAAGGCAGCAGGACUUUUGAAUAAAAGUUUCACCGAGAAAUCGGCCAAACAGAGAUGGCUACGAAUAGAAAAAGCAAUAAACAAUAUCGCCCUAAACAAAAGAGGACUAGUAGAACAGGAGGUCAGAAUGGAGCACUUUUUGGAGAAACGAGAAGCUUUAGGAAAAGAACUAGAAGUCUUAGAAGCAAGGAGGAAACUGGCCAUUCAAAAAAAUCAAGAUCUUUCCCAGUUAGACAGCUAUAUAGAAGACAUAAAAGAAAACAUCAAUUACGUUCAAGAAACUAUAGCGGAAACGCAGCACAAUGUUAUGGAAAUUGAGGAAAAUCAAGACAAUAGUGAUAAUCAAGAUUUGCAAAACAUUGUUGAAACGAUAAUGGAUAUGGAAGAAGCAAAAUAUCUCAUAAAAAAACUGUACCUCAUGACGUUGAGUCAGAGCCACGCCGUAGCGCAGAGGGAUGCUAAAUUGAAGGAGAGUGAAGCCACCCUACAAGAACUGAGACAAGAAAACAAUGUGAAAGGCCAACUGUUAGAUCACGUCCUCCAUAAUGAAAUUCCAAUAUUUGGUAAAGAGCUCAUUACUAGUGUAUCAAGUAAUACUAAUGAUACAACCAGUUCUACCACUUCAACUAGGUCUUCCUCUCCAAUUGACUCACAAAUGCUUCCUCCACCAGAAUCUCAAGUGAAACCUAAAGUGAGAAGAAGACAAGCUAACACUGCAGAACUCCUUUUUGGAUCUCAAGAACAUAGUUCCUUGACAGAUAGCUUCCACUCCAGUAUUCCUAGGAUUUCAACUGGUUUGAAGAUGAAUUUAUGAUAGAGAACCGUCUUGCUCUAGAGGAAGGUCCUUGCCCAGAACCUUGUGCACAAAUGCCUAAUUCCAAUGUAAUACAUUGUUUAAGUGAAUUUGCUGUUAUUUAUUACAAAACAUUGUUGCUACUUUUAGUAAUUUUAUUGAUUUUUAUAAUGUUGUUGACGUAUUAAUAUAAUUAAUUUAUUUGCAUUUCAACUAAUAUAUGUAUAUCAAUUUUCUAAUGACAAUAUAGAAUUGAUCCAUC